AUGGCCCAGAGCCCCAACUCCGUCGGUUCCUCGUCCCUGGACCUUGGCACGCGCUUGGCGCGACUCCAGGAUCCCACCUCGACCUACACCGUCGAACAAUUGGAAUCCCUGGACAUGCAGACUCUAGUGCAGUUCCAAGUGGAUUUCGGAAAGAAGAUGGUCGGAAAGACCUUCGCAGAGGCCCUGGAGAGCAGUCCCGAAUGGGGCAAGUGGUGCUGCGAUCAUCUUCAGGACAGUGCCAAAGUGAAGCAUCGUGCUCUGCUGAUCUACAUUCGCAAGUAUGUCGAACAGGCAGAGGCAAUCGAGGCCGUGCUGCAAAGCUCACCUUCGGACACAGAUCCACACGAUCCCAGGACCCGGGGCAGCUCCGCCAAGGCAGCGCCCAAGAGCAAGCCCAAGGUGGCCGCGAAGCCAUCGCAAGCUUCCGCGGAAGACCCGUGGGACGUGAUCUCAGCGAUCGAGCCAGACGGCUCAGUCGUGGAGGAUCAGGUGAACGCCCUCGCUGGCAGGAUGAAUCACAUGGAACAGAUCAUGGAGCAGGUCCUCGGGGCAAUUCAGCAGCUGCAUGUGACCCAGCACUGGGAUAAGCAAGAGGUAGAAGACCAUGCCCGAAGCCUUGUCCAACGGCAAGCCACAGCAACUGAGCUGAAGAGAUUCCUGCGUUCUGUGCCCUGGCACCUGCUGGAUGCAUCGCCUGCAAGCUUGACCGCGUCCUCUCCGACAGAUACCUUGAAGGAACCCGCCUAUCUUACGUUUGGCUCUUUUCGGCAUGGGGGUGUUCAGGGAAUUACUCGGGUGUCAAAAGAGUUCCCCUGGGUAACGCAAGCUCUUACUCGUGUUCUUCGGUUGACGGACCCUCAGCAUCCCUUCACCACCGUGGCCAUAUCGUGCAACACCUCUGCCCCACCGCAUCGCGAUGUCCAUAAUCUUUCGGGGACCUCCAACUUAGUGGUUCCUCUGAACUACCCGUCCAACGGCGGAGAAGUGUGGUCUGCAGACAAGGCGCAUCCUCACCAGAGGGAGCACGUUGUCGAAUGCAAUCGUCAGCCACUGGUAGGCUUUUCAUUGAAGACAGCGGAAAGAGCAUCUGUGAGUGAUGCAGAGUGGCUUCGACAACAUGGUUUUCCGGAGUCAGCCGAUGCACCCGCCAACUGUGUAGAUGAGCGUCCCAAUUCUGAACUGCCAUCUCCUCUCCGAUGCGAGCUGACAACUGCUUCCUCACUGUUGACGUCUUCCGAUGUCACCAGCAUUGCCCAAGAUGCUGCCGUGGCCUGUGCCAAUGCGUAUGCACGUGCCGAGGAUGCUGCCUGGGCUGUCUACCAAGAUUCCCAACUCAGUUACGGGGUUCCGAAAGGAAAGCAGUUAGAUCUCUUAGAAGUGUAUGCCUAUGACAACAGCCAACUUACGUCAUGGGUCAAUAGGCUAGGAGGUAAAGCAAGACGCUUCACUAGAACCGAUGGGGACCUUUCGUCUCCAGAGGGCCAACGACGGUUAUGGGACAUCAUUCAACAGGAACAGCCCAGGCACAUCUGGAUGGCUCCUGAGUGCCGUCUCUGGUGCUCAUGGACCAACCUUCACUCUGCCAGGAGUAUACCAAGUACGCAGCAUCACUUGCCAGCUCAGAAGCGUGCCGCCGACCCCAGCUCCCUUGCUCAUGAGCGAGGACUCAUUCAACAGAGAUUGCCAGAGAUCCAAGUCCAAGUAUUGCAGGCGUGGGCGCCUCCGCCCAUUCCCAUCCAUGGCCCGGCGUUUAGGAAUCUCAGCAAAGAGGAGAAGAGCACUCUCAUCCGGGUGCACGCAAACUUAGGGCACCCUGCCCCUCAGACACUUUCCAAUCACUUGCGGGCCGCCGGUGCUGAUCCAUCGCUUGUUCAAGCAGCGCUCGAGUACCAGUGUGAUUCCUGCCUGGAAUCUGUGGAGCCUCGACUCCAACGUCCAAGCAAGCUCUCUGAGCCUCGUGAGUUCAACGAUGUCAUUGGGGUUGAUGGGUUUUUCUUUAAGAGUAAGUCCGGGUAUAAGUCGUAUGUCCUGCAUGCCUUGGACGAGGCCAGUUGCUUUCACAUGGGACGUCGAACUCAGUCCCGACAAACCGCGCAUGCUUUGGAAUCCUUGACCAAUUUUUGGUUCACCUGGGCCGGUAACCCUCGAAAAAUUUACUUAGAUCCCGCAGGAGAAUUUAGGUCAUCUGAAAUUUUGGACCAUUUCCAAAGCUUGAGCAUUCAAACUUUUGUGACUGCAGCCGCCUGGCAGCGCGGACGCCUUGAGCGCCACGGCGAUGUGUUGAAGGACAUUCUGCAAAGACUUGAUACUCAGAUGCCCUUGAUCAACGAUGUUCUCUUCGACCAAGCCCUUGUACAAGCCCUUCAGGCCAAAAAUGCCCUAAUGAGGUUUAAAGGUUAUGCGCCUGAACAAAUCGUACUUGGUAAGUCUCUGCGAAUCCCUGGGAGCGUUACGUCCGACGAAGACCUGUCUGCCCAUGCUAUAGUAGAAGGAUCCGACUUGGAAGCAGAGAUGCAGCGUCAAAGGCUGGAGUUGCGAUGCAUGGCGCGCAAAGCGUUCUGGGAGGCUGACAACUCCCAAACGAUACGAAGGGCAAUGCUUCGCCGAUCGCAUCCCAUGAGAGGUGGAGCCAAUGCGUUCCGCGAUCUCAUGGAUUCUGCCGUGCCUGAAGCCGCAGCCCCUUCCGUGCCUUCUGCCCUGCCAAGCAGUGAAGCUGUUGAUCCAAUGAGUGUUCCUGUUCCCGAGUCGGAUGAUGGACUGGUUAGCGAAAACAUUUUUCUAGCUUGUGAAAAUAUUGGAAUUUCAGAGGCAGACGGUAAUGAACUUGUUGCUUUUACGCACGUGGAGACGUCUGAGGAAGCGCAGGGUCCACCCCUUGCUGAAGACGGGUUUCCCUACAUCACACAACCCCUUGAAUGUGGAGAGCAACAAGCUUACUGCUUGGAAAUACCAAUGAAUGCCAAAAACUAUCGCAAAUGUCUCCGUGAAGAUGCCCGAGAGCAGAUGACUCUCUUAGCUUCCGUCAGCAAACGAUCCCGGUCCGAAGUAUACCUCAAAGACCUCAAUGCCCAGGAACGCCAGCUUUUUGCUCAGGCCAAAGAUAAAGAGAUUCAGUGUUGGUUACAGACUUCUGCCAUCAAAGCUGUUCUAAGGUUAGUGGUGUUAGGCUAUCAAGAUCCAAAGCUGGUUGAGGUCAUGCGGGACGCGCCCACGCUUUCCCGCGAAGGGCGAUUCACUCGUCACCCCUUGGAACCAUGUGUCUUUAUGCUUUACACCGGCCAUCAGUUAAACGGGAUCCUGGGGAUGCAUGUGGACGACGGUGUUGGAGGGGGAGACACGAAGUUCAAUGCAAAACUACAGGAGCUGGAAAAGAAACUCCCUUUUGGAAGUAGAAAGUAUCGUGACUUUGUCUUUACGGGGAUUCACCUUCAACAGCUUCCCGACUUUUCCAUAAGAGCGUCCCAAAGUAGUUAUGUGCGCAACAUUCCUCAGAUCGACAUUGGUCGUCCUCGGCGUAUGACUCCAGAAGCUCAGAUCAAUGAGUCUGAGCGAUCCAAGCUACGUGGUCUUGUGGGCAGUCUUCAGUAUGCGGUCACGCAUACUCGACCUGAUAUUGCCGCGAAACUAGGUGAAGUCCAGAGCCAGAUCACGCAAGCUACCGUGCAGACUCUCCUGUUGGCCAAUAAGGUCUUGCGGGAAGCCCAGGAGCAUCACGCGGUAUGCAUUUACUUCUUACCCAUCACACCGAGUGAGCUCACAUUUGUCUCCUUUGGCGAUGCUUCUUUCGCUUCCUCCAAAAACCUCAAUUCGCAUCAAGCAGCCUUGGUCUGUGCAACAGAUUCGUCCACUCUUUCAGCUGAAGCAUAUGCAAUGUCCAAAGCGGUGGAUCUUCUUGGGUGGCUCCGAGCCAUGUGGGGUGUCAUUCACGUGCCUGACUUUUCAUGGCAGAAGCCAACAGAAGGCUUCAAAAAGCUGCCAACUGCAGUGGUGGUCACCGACUGUAAGUCUCUGUAUGACUUGGUCACCAGGUUGGCCAUGCCAUCAUGCGAAGAAUACAGGACCACAUUAGAGGUUCUCCUAAUCAAACAACGUUGUGAGGAGAACACUUGUUUCAGAUGGAUACCCACCACACUGCAAGCAGCCGACAGCUUGACAAAAGCCAUGGAUGCCUCACUGUUGCGUGCUGUAUUGUCCCAAAGCAGAUUUAAAUUGUAUGACAGCGAUAACACACUAGAUAAGGCGGCGCAAAGACAACAGGCAGUUCAGUGGAUCUCCCAGAAUCCACAUCAGCUCGCACAGAUCUGA